AUGGCUCAGCAGCGAAAGCUGAAAAAAGAAAUAAAGCUUCUGGAAAGUUUUGGAAAGAAGCCAAAACCUGUGGAAGAAUUCAUCCUCGAUAAGCGUUAUGAAGCGAAUAUCGCGGAACGAGUUCGACCGCCCGUUGAGCAGAGAAACGCGCAGAUCAUGAAAAAAGCAAAAUUAAACAGCCUAUUCCAGCUGAACGAAGAUGAACUGGAUGAACGCGUGGUUGUUUGCCGAGAUUACACGCGUUAUCAGAAUAGGCUGGCAGUUAUGGAUAUGCUCUGGAUCAAUGAAAGCAUUCGGAAGCAGGAAAAAGCAUUACAGAAACUUAAGGUUCCUCGCCAUUAUCUUGCAUUCUGCAAAUCUAAGUGGACUUAA